AUGCGGCACGAGAACUCCUGCACAAAUCACAUUUUCACUUGGCGUCUAACUGUUACAGGCGGCGAAGCACUUCUGAAAAUGGGAUCAACGGUUGCCAGGGAGACAAAAAUUUCAGCCUUGUUUGAAGAGGUUGGUAGGCAAGAAUUAUCCGUCAUGAAAGAUUAA